AUGUACAUCCCCUUUCUAGUGGAGCGUUUGGUAGACGAUCCGCUCGAAGGGGUUCAUCUUAAAGGUUUUGCUAUCGGAAAUCCCCUCACGGAUAUGCAGAUCGAUGGCAAUGCAUACAUGGAGUACUACUACUCCCAUGCUCUUAUAUCGCAUGGAGACUAUCUGACGCUUUUAGAUUAUUGUGAGCACAAUAUAUCGCAGUGUAUGUUCACGAAUGUUAAUUGCACGUCGCAUUGUGAAGAAGCGGUUAUUAAAGCUCAUGAAGCUGCAGAUACAGAUGAGUUUAAUCAUUAUUACAUCUAUGGCGAUGUGUGUCGCAUGAGAAACAACCAGCGGAAUGCCUUGCACUCUCAUCUCGUUGCUAAAAUGGGUACAAAAUAUAAGACGCAUCGUGGAGUUGUGGGUCCAUGCGCUGGUGACUUCACCAGGACAUUAUUGAAUCGAAUGGAUGUACAAGAGGCACUACAUAUUGAAGGAGACCUGCCAAUGAAGUGGAUCGAUUGCCAGUCGUAUAUUUCACACAACUUUGAUCGUACAUUCUCAACGUUGGACAAAUAUCGUAAACUUCUUGGCAACGGGUUAAAAGUUUUAAUCUACAGCGGUGAUUCGGAUUCAGUAGUUAAUUUUAUGGGUACUCAGCGGUGGAUUACAGAGGAUUAUGGUCUUGCACUUAAACCAGUAUCGCCUUGGCGUGCGUGGCUUGGUCCAGAUGAUCAAAUAGCUGGGUAUCAUCAACAAUUUGAACUUGGUCUUACCUUUAAGACUGUCAAAGGUGCUGGGCAUAUGGUCCCAGCAGUGCGUCCACUCCACGGUCUCCACCUGUUUGACUGUUUUCUUUAUGGCGACGAGUGUUCGAAGAUCUCAUACCCUUCUGAUCCAUUUGAACGUGAAGCUGCUGGAGGAAUUCUGACAUCUGCAAGCAACACAAAUAAAAAAAAUAGUCAUCAUGAUGAAGCGUUGGCACAACAAUCCCAAGCAACUGUCUCACAAGCGACGGAUCCUAAGGAGUCAGCAUCAGGUAUUACUAUCUCUCUCUUCAUUAGUUGUGCCUUCCUUAUGUUAGCAGUCACUGUGUACGCGCACCGUCAUCGUCGUGAGAGAGGAUACACUCGGCAGCAGUAUCAGCGUAUUUAG